UCUCUCUGGAGCAUAUCAGCUGACUGACAGCGCGCUGACCCAAAUUGACGCAUUGCGUAUGACGUUUCCACCCGGCUUGUCUUCUCUCGUUUCCUUUCAUCCGCAGGUCUUUCUCUGUGUGUAGCCCUAGAUAGAUAGCAUAAUGGCCAACGUUGUGGAUACCAAACUAUACGACAUCCUCGGAGUCUCACCCUCCGCUUCCGAAAACGAGCUAAAGAAGGCAUACCGCAAGUUGGCCAAAGAGUACCACCCUGAUAAGAACCCAGAUGCCGGGGACAAGUUUAAGGAGAUCAGUUUUGCUUAUGAGGUGCUGACCAAUCCAGAGAAGAAGGAGCUGUAUGAUCGCUAUGGAGAGCAGGGGCUGCGGGAGGGAGGUGGUGGAGGGGCUGGCAUGGACGACAUCUUCUCCCACAUCUUUGGAGGGGGGCUGUUUGGCUUUAUGGGGGGGCAGGGACGUGGAGGGGGAGGACGCAACGGGGGACGCAGGAGAGGAGAGGACAUGGUGCACCCCCUCAAAGUAUCACUGGAAGACCUCUACAAUGGUAAAACAACCAAACUACAGCUCAGCAAGAAUGUCCUGUGUGCUUCCUGCAAUGGUGCGGGGGGUAAGGCGGGGGCAGUGCAGAAGUGUGUGGCCUGCAGAGGGAGAGGCAUGAGGAUCAUGAUCAGACAGCUGGCUCCUGGCAUGGUCCAACAGAUGCAGUCAGUCUGCACAGACUGCAACGGAGAGGGGGAGGUGAUCAGUGAGAAGGACCGUUGUAAGAAGUGUGAGGGUCGUAAGGUGAACAAGGAGACCAAGCUGUUGGAGGUCCAUGUUGAUAAAGGCAUGAAACACGGCCAGAAGAUCAGCUUCACAGGAGAGGCUGACCAGGCCCCAGGCACUGAGCCUGGAGACAUACUACUUGUCCUACAGGAAAAGGAGCAUGAGGGGUUCCGUCGUGACGGCCAUGACCUUCACAUGACGCAGCGUAUCGGCCUGGUGGAGGCUCUGUGUGGCUUCCAACUGGCAGUCACACACCUCGACGGACGCCAGCUCGCUGUCAAAUAUCCCCCCGGCAAGGUUAUAGAGCCAGGUUGUAUCCGGGUGGUGAAGGGAGAGGGGAUGCCUCAGUACAGGAACCCAUUUGAGAAGGGAGAUCUGUUCAUCAAGUUUGACGUCCAGUUCCCUGAAAACAACUGGAUCAGUCCUGAGAAACUCUCUGAGUUGGAGGAUCUGCUGCCAGGGCGUACGGAGGUUCCAGUUAUCUCAUCGGAGGCGGAAGAGGUUGACCUCCAGGACUGUGAGGUCAGAGGUCAGGGUUCAGCGGGGGCCAGGAGAGAGGCCUACAAUGACAGCUCUGAUGAGGAGGGUGGACCACAUGGCCCAGGGGUACAGUGUGCCCACCAGUAGACUGAAUACAUACACACCCUUCUCUCACUGGUCUGUGUGCCCAUCUGUUGAGUACUCUGAGGGAAGGGCACCCCUCCACUGCCCCGCCCCCAGGUCCCAUCAGGACCCUCAAUCCUCUUCAUUCCUCCAUCAGCCAAUCAGUGUGUGUGUUUGAGUGUGGUCAGCAGGCUGUGAUGGAUGUUUAGUGGCCAUUUGACAUCUUAGGUUUGUAGGCUCUACAUCUGUCUGGAAACGUUGUCAUUUGGGAACCUUGUGUACAAAAUGAAAAUAUUGUCUAGUGAAAUUAUUAAUUUAUCUUCUAACAGGCUUCAGUGUCGUAGUCUAGUCUUAGUCACACACCAGCGCAUGCUGAAAACACAUUUAACACAGACCUACCAUAGCCCCUGGUCUACACGGCGGCCUGCUGAGCCACACAGAAAGCUAUUUUAUUGCUUCCUGUAAGCUCAAACGUCUCCCAUCGCUGAGGCACCUCGGGACUACCUGGUCAGAUUUCUCUCCACCAAUAAAAUAGCUUGAAUCUUUAGGCUUAUUUACCUUUGUCAGAAAACAACAUGUUUCUCUUCUGUGUGAGGAUUGUGCUUUUGCGCAUGUGUGCGUGUGACCACAGAGCUUGUGUCUUGAGUAGCAUACUCUAAACUGAGUGUGUGUGUGUGCGCGCGCGCGUGUGAUUUAGGAGCUGGGUGUGUGUGAGCUGCUGUAGAAUGUUCUGGCUUCUCUGCUCAUAACGGUUUGUGUUCUGUGUGUAUCGCCAAUGUGAGUGGAGACCUCGUUUUAUGUUCAAUUAAAGAUAAAAACAAUUGAAUGUGUUGAACUUCUCUCCCACCUUGACCAUGUAACAUUUAGCCCCUAACCUCGCAUUAUACACAACUUUCCAUGCCAGUACAACCGUCACACAUGCCAUCUCAACUUCCAUUCCCUUAGCUCUGUAAAUACCAACCCCAGCCCCUGUGCACGGUCACAUCUCAAUACUCUACAGUUGCCUCCUUCCCUCCUAUCCAAAUUCCUGUUCUUCGUCUGCACUGAUGGGACAAGACAGCAUGGUCAUGGUCAGUUGGCACAAAUGUUUUGGAACACUACCUGGAAAAACAAUAAUUUCCUGUUUGAACAUUUUGCAUUAGUGUGCACUAUUGAACAUGAUCCAGGUGAAAGCAGCAUGGUUUACUAGGCCACACAUGGAUUUCCUUUCUCAUGUCGUUCUGUCAGAUCAGUACAGAUGGAGUGGAUAGGAGGCUACUUUAAACUGUAGAGAUGUAGUCAUCUGACUGUCACUGUAUAUAUGCUAUAUAGGCCACUGGAGGGACACGCUACAGACAGGGGCUUUAUUUAGUAAAUGAUGUUAUUAUUGUUGAUGAUGCUCAUGUUUGUUAGGAUGACAAUUAAACUGUAUAAUAAACUGUCACCA